AUGCAACUCACCACUUUCCUUCCUCUCGCCCUCUCCGCCCUGGGCCUCGUCAACGGGGCUCCCCUGGAGAAGCCUGCCAACUGGAAGGCAACCGCCUGGGGCAUUGACUGCUCGCCUGGCGGCUGUAUCUACCGAUUCAACAUCACCGGAGCGCAGACCGAGAACACACCGGCAUUCAGCACCCACUGCGAAGGAACCACACCCAAUGCCACCGUUUGCGACCUGAAGAACAUCACUGCAAUGGUCCAGCCCGCGGGCACCCCCAACUGGACUGUCACUGUCCAGCACCGCUGGUCUAUCCCUGAGCCCGAGUAUAACAGUCUCCAGGAGUACUGGCAGUCGGGUAGCGCCAAUGUCACCGAGACGGCCGAGUCCUUCACGAUCGUGCCCGCCUCCCUAUACGGUGUUGCCUAA